AUGAUUGGAAUCAGUAGAGGGCAUUACAGUGCUGUCACAGCUGUGCGUAUCUGUCUCAUUGGUGGGACACAGCCCGGGCCCGGCAAGUGCAGCAAGACUGGAAUUCACCAGUUAUCAACGGCAUUCAACGUCCCCGACCCUGUUGUGCCAUGGCGCAUACCCGGUCAGUUCGGCUUUUUUUGCGGCUCCGACGAGUCCAAACUGCACGACCACGGCAAGGACGGACAAACAACAUUGAAGUCAACAAUAGAAACGAACCGAGUCGGACAGCGUGGCCCAAGUGACCAGGUCAACCACCCCACCUCUCUCAUUUUGGACUACGGGCCACCGGGCCAACAAACUAUGUUGAGGACUUGUUGGCCCCCAUCGCUGCACUGGUGCAUGUUUUUGAUGCGGCCGCAGAGGGCUUUUGUCCUCCGAGUCCGAGACAGGGCCGCGCCGCCGUACAGUAGGGACCCGAGACAGAAGGCAUAA